UUCCCCAUUAAGAAAAUUCCGAUCUCAAUAAUCUUUUGGGUGAUAAAAAAGUUCUUUUUUUUCUUUUCUCUUUUCGUUAGUUGAACCACUUGAAUCUUUUCACAAAUAUCACCAAAUAUGCCUUCAAAGUGCGAAAUUUGUUGUGAGCUCCUCAUCGCCAUUUUGCUCCCUCCUUUGGGUGUUUGCCUAAGGCACGGUUGUUGCAGCGUUGAGUUCUGCAUCUGUCUGCUGUUAACGAUUCUGGGUUACAUCCCUGGGAUAAUCUAUGCCCUUUACGCCAUUGUUUUUGUGCAUCGAGACGAGUACUUUGACGAGUACAGGCGACCACUUUAUUAUUCAAGUGCCUAAUCUAGUCAAGUCUUCCUUAAUUAUGUGAUAUGAAUCUGAUGAUGAUGCAGCAACUCCUCCUCCUGGGUUUUAAUUUUAAUUUGAUGUUGAGGUGUUGCUACUCUUGAACUGAUCUUGAUGUACUUUGUGAUAUUAUAAAUUCUUAUUGAGUGCUUCAUUAAUUGCUUCA